GCGGUCCUCGGCGGCGGCGGCGGCGGCGGCGCGCGGCCUGGGCUCGCGCUGGGCUCCGCGCGCCCCCCGCCCCCCUCUAUGAGGCAGAGGCCGCGGCGGCCGUUAGCGCUGUCGCUCCGGGGGCCGCGGCGGGCGGGGCUCCGGCGGGGCCCGGCCUAGUCCCCACCCCAGCCCGGCUCCCAGCCGCCCGCCCUCCCUCCCUCUCCCCGAUGCAGGGGGCCGAGCUCCGGGACGGCGAGGCGGCGGCGGCCGCCGCUUCGUACCGCGUCCUGAGCCGCCUGCUAGGCUAUGGAGAGGCGGUCCCCGAGCCAGGCCCGCCGCCGCCGCCCCCGGGCCAUGGUCCCCCGCCGCCACCCUUUCUCGCGCGGCCCGGCCCGCGGGGCUCCCGGCCGCCGCAGCUGAUGGUGUUCCGCAACGUGGGUCGGCCGCCGGAGGAGGAAGACGCGGAGGCGGCCCCGGAGCCGGGACCCUCGGAACUGCUGUGUCCCCGGCACCGCUGUGCCCUGGACCCCAAGGCCCUGCCGCCGGGGUUGGCACUCGAGCGGACCUGGGGCCCGGCGGCUGGACUGGAGGCGCAGUUGGCGGCUCUGGGGCUCGGGCAGCCGGCGGGGCCGGGGGUCAAGACGGUCGGUGGGGGUUGCUGCCCGUGCCCGUGCCCAUGCCCAUGCCCCCCGCAGCCGCCCCCUCCGCAGCCCCAGCCGCCUGCUGUCGCCCCGCAGGCCGGGGAGGACCCCACGGAAACGAGCGACGCGCUGUUGGUCCUGGAGGGCUUGGAGUCGGAGGCCGAGAGCCUGGAGACGAACAGCUGCUCGGAAGAGGAGCUCAGCAGCCCGGGCCGCGGAGGAGGAGGGGGCGGCCGGCUUCUGCUGCAGCCCCCGGGUCCCGAAUUACCCCCGGCGCCCUUCCCGAUGCAGGACUUGGUCCCCCCAGGGCGCUUGGGUAGAGGGGAGCCGCAGCAACCGCCCCCGCCCCCGCCUCCUCCCGGGCCCCUCCGGCCACUGGCGGGCCCUUCUCGGAAGGGCUCCCUCAAAAUCCGCCUCAGUCGCCUCUUUCGCACGAAGAGCUGCAACGGCGGCUCCGGCGGCGGGGAUGGAGCCGGCAAGAGGCCUUCUGGAGAGCUGGCUGCUUCUGCUGCGAGCCUGACAGACAUGGGAGGCUCUGCGGGCCGGGAGCUGGACGCGGGGAGGAAACCCAGGUUGACAAGAACUCAAAGUGCCUUUUCUCCGGUCUCCUUCAGCCCCCUGUUCACAGGUGAAACUGUGUCGCUUGUGGACGUGGACAUCUCUCAGCGGGGCCUGACCUCUCCACACCCUCCAACUCCCCCUCCUCCUCCGAGAAGAAGCCUCAGCCUCCUAGAUGAUAUCAGUGGGACGCUGCCUACAUCUGUCCUUGUGGCUCCGAUGGGGUCUUCCCUGCAGUCUUUCCCCCUACCUCCGCCUCCUCCACCCCAUGCCCCAGAUGCGUUUCCCCGGAUGGCUCCCAUCCGAGCAGCUGAAUCCCUGCACAGCCAGCCCCCCCAGCAUCUCCAGUGUCCCCUCUACCGGCCCGACUCAAGCAGCUUUGCCGCCAGCCUUCGAGAGUUGGAGAAGUGUGGUUGGUACUGGGGACCAAUGAACUGGGAAGAUGCAGAGAUGAAGCUGAAAGGGAAGCCAGACGGCUCUUUCCUGGUACGAGACAGCUCUGACCCUCGCUACAUCCUGAGCCUCAGUUUCCGGUCACAGGGUAUCACCCACCACACAAGAAUGGAGCACUACAGAGGAACUUUCAGUCUGUGGUGUCACCCCAAGUUUGAGGAUCGUUGUCAGUCGGUGGUGGAGUUCAUCAAGAGAGCCAUCAUGCACUCCAAGAAUGGGAAGUUCCUCUAUUUCUUGAGAUCCAGGGUUCCAGGACUACCACCAACUCCAGUCCAGCUGCUCUACCCUGUGUCUAGAUUCAGCAAUGUCAAAUCCCUCCAGCACCUUUGCAGAUUCCGAAUCCGACAGCUCGUCCGGAUAGAUCACAUCCCGGAUCUCCCACUGCCUAAACCUCUGAUCUCUUAUAUCCGAAAGUUCUACUACUAUGAUCCUCAGGAAGAGGUGUACCUGUCUCUAAAAGAAGCGCAGCUCAUUUCCAAACAGAAGCAAGCGGUCGAACCCUCCACGUAGCGAGGGGCCCCCUGCUGAUCGCCACCAAGGGCAUUUGGUUGCCAAGCUCCAGUUUUGAAGAACCAAAUGAAGCUACUGUGGAAGGGGGAGUGAGGAGAAACGAGGGAGUUGGAAGGGCUGAGAUCCUCCAUGCGAAGACUUUGGUCCCCCUCGCAGCCCUGGGGCUUGGAAGAAGCACACGACCACACUCUGUGCGCGGGGCUCCACCUCAUCACGCCCAGCCCCUGCGCUACCCUGGAGCUGGACGAGCUCCUUGGAAAACUGGAAGAAGUCUCAACACUGUUCCUUUUUUAGACGUUUUGUUUUGGAUAUUUGCAUUUCUCGGUAUGGAAAACUUCCUUUAAAGGCAGCUGGGGUCUGUGCCCAUUGGACUGGAAGUGGUGCCAAGGGUGAGCCAGGUCCAAGGGAGGGGAGGGGAGGGAGGGGAUUGCCAGUGAUGGUCAUUCAGCUGGUGCCAAAGGCCGAGUGUGAGUGUUCACCGUUGACCUUGAAGAAGGGAAGAGAAGGAGUCCGAAGUGCAAAUCGAGUUGGGAGUUUCUGAGGGAUGAGGAUCCUCUUCUGUUUGAGCAUGGGUAGCUUCAGUGGGAGCAGGGAAGAAGCGAGGGUGGGUAGUCUCGAAUAGAAGAUUGCUGAACAAGAACUGGCAGAGGGCCUCUGGCGGGGAAAGCAGGGACGCCUCACAUCCUUUUUCUUUAAAGUUUAGGAACCUGGUUUCAGAAUCACCUCUCAUAGAAGCUGUGUUAGUUUUGUCAUACUGAAUUCCUCAGUUUUGUGACCUCAAGUCAGUCCCGUUCUUCCUCCACCCUCCUCCCCUCCCCUUGAGAUAACUGUACAUUUCACUCUGUUCAUGGUAGCAUCAUUCCUGUUGCUUCUGCCAGCUGCCAAGGCAAUCGAGCAAUCGACUUUCUCAUCACCUGAGAGGUUGAAAGCCCUAAUCACGAGCUGCUAAAGUUAAUGGAGCACGCUUCCAGAUUCUUAAUGGCAGACUGUAGCCAUGACUUAGGAGUCAGUGUUACUUACCUCCAUACGUCUGUCAGUGAGUGAGAGGGAGUAUGGAGAAUAGGGAGAAACAGAGCUCUCGUGCUAGCGCUCUUCCGAGAAGCUCUCCAGUGUCUCAGCCUUAAUGGAGUGUCUUUGGAUCAGAGAGGAGGAGAGCAUUGGAUCUCGUGUUUUUAGGUUUAUCCCUGUUGUCCCACUUCUGGGAUGGGAGGUAGCAAGGGCUUUUUUAUUUUCCUGUGUUUUUUCUAGCAACCCAAACACUUUCCUGAGUCUGAUCCUGUUUGCCCCCCGACCUUCAUUGGGAAGUCUGUCCGGUGCUGAUUUGGGAGCUGUCCACCUUCCAGACAGAAGUGAAGGAGUGGAGUGGGGGGGUUGAAGCUCUGGUGUGGUUCAUGGUUGUUGAGGUUUUCUGAAGUGGGCCGUUGUCAAGUCAUAUGAUAUUAUGAGUUUGCUUUUCUGUAGAGUUACUCUGGGGAGAGGUUUGCUGUUAAGAUGUGAAGAUUGAGCUGUUUGUGUGUUUACUGCUCUUUUUCGUAAAUGUUCCAUUAGCCUGCCUGGUUCCCCUGGGUUUAUAUCUGCCUCGUCUCAUGAGAUAAAUAAUAUUUUCAGGUUUGUGGUUUCCUGAUGGUUUGGGGUGAGGCCCCAGUGUCUUGGUAAUUUAUAGGACUGUCUCAUCUGGAAGCGCUGGCCUUCUGCCUUAUGUCUUGCAUGGAAUGACCAGUCUUCCUCCUUAUAGCGGAACAGAAAGGAAACAUGCAUUGUUAUCUGUCUGGAAAGAGGGGGUCACAAAACGAGCUUCAUGGCAUAAACAUAGCCCACCUCUGAUUUGUCAUGAGGUACCUCUUUUCUCCUUGGAUCCUGAAGACAGUGGUCCCAGAAAUUGGCUGAACCUGUGAGUCUUGCCUCUUGAGGGUGUGGAUGAACUUGCCGUCUUGCAGAACGUGCCCCCCAGCUUGAGAGCCCGCAGUCUAUAAUCCAUUGGGAUCCUUGAGUAGCUGACGUGCAGCUCUUUGGGUUUUUUGGGCCUUUUUUCUUUUAUACAUUUCAGCCACCCAUACUUUUAAAAAAAUUCUUUUUUUAUAGUGUGUUUUAAUGCAUUUGCCUGGCUCUGGGGUAGAUACUGUGGGAAACACAAGAGGGGAAAGACACCAUAUCUGGCCUAAGGGAGCUUUUAAGUGACUGCCCCACGCGCAGCAGCUGCAGAAUGACUCUGUGGCAGCAAGAACCAAGGGCUAUCUUUAAAGAAAUUCAGCUGGGUAAGAUCAGGACAGACCAGAUGGUCUGGGAGAGCCCUAUGGCAGUGAGGCCUUCGGGUCCUAGGCGAGGGUAAGACAGGCAGGAAACACACAACAGAAACAUGGAAACAGCAAUCUGUUCUGAACAGGACACAGCCCCAGGUUAGGCGACGGUUUUGGUCACUCCUUUCUCAGGGCCUGUGGUUUAGAUGGAAACUUCUAGUCAUCAGGCAAUUCUCAGUGCUGAGGGCUUGUGAGGUGAAGUGAAAUCCAAAGCCAUAAGUUGGCUAGUUCCUGCCUGUGGCCAGGGGCCUCGCUGCUCUCAGCGCAGUCCAGGGAGGGAGGCAGAGCCCUUGCACCCCUUGUGGUACCAGGGGUUUCUACUGGACAAUUCCUGCAGUCAGGUCCAGAACCAAACCAGCUGAAGAGGCAUGAUCCAAGCUCACCACCAUCCUUUCUCCUUCUGGGAGAGCGUAGUAUGCACACAUGUCCGUGAUUUGUCUAUGUGCUAGUCAUGGCCCAGGCUAUAGCCUAGAUCUUCCUCAGUAGAGCGAGGCAGUUACACAGGGAGAGACAGGCUCCAUCGGGAGGGGAGGGGAGGAAGAGGCGGGAUUGGGCAGCUGGCUGAGCGGCCUGCCUGGUCAGAGCGGGAAUAGGAGUGGCUGCCCUGUCGCCAGCACUCUCCUUCAUCUUUCCCGGCUGGGCCCACUCCUCCUUUGCCAGUUCUGUGUCGUGCUAAUCGAAGUGCAGUCCACAACUUGUUCCUUUUUGCUUGUUGUAUUUUAAAGUCACAAACUGGAAAAGGUUCUCACCUCCAGGGACUCAUCAUCGAUUUCACAACCCACAAUUAAUGGGUCCUUGCCUGUGUGACCCUUACUUGUUCGUGAUUGAUCUACUGUAACCUUCCUCAGGACAGGUGUGAACCACUGUGAGCUAAGUGACAACUACUGCUACAAUUCGCUGUUGCUUGAAAUUCACGUGCUGUGGCAGGAGCGCAGAAUAAGGAGGGUGGGGCUUUGCUCUGAGGACUAGGUAAGUGGGUAACGGCUGGGAGUUUGGGACCGUUGGCGAUGGUUUUGGCCCGGUGGCCAGCCUGUGCCUAGAUUAGUGAAUGUGAGCCACGGCCUACAGUGUGCAGGCUUCUGAGAGGAGACGCUCGGUGGGGAGCUCACCAUUACGGUUUCUACUCCUCCUCUCCUCCCUCUCCCCGGGGGCUGAUGGUGUCAGCCUUCCUAAGGUUGGGAGUGCCGCAGAGACGGCUGCAAACCCGCCUACGGUGCACAUCCAGGAAGAACUGGGGAGCCAGGAGGGGGCUGAGUGCCCAUAUGUCCGGGUAUGAGAGGCAAAAGUAGAGCUUGAUGCCCCGGGGUGCCCGCCUUUUUGGCCCUCACCCUACGUCCCCAAAAGGGCAAGACUGCUUGAAGCCCUUAGGUCCCAGCAGGAAACGGGGCUAGGCAAGACUUUUCCCUUAGGUUAGACCCUUUCCCUGCCCUGCUGCCUUUGCCUUGGCUUUGAGCCCUGGAAAUGGAGGGCGAGGUGCUGGGGUCUGGCUCUCUGGCUGCAGGAAGGAGCUCUGAAAGUCCGUGUGCAUGCAUGUAUGCGUGCAUGCAUGUGUGUGUCCGCAUGUGUGUCUUCAUUUGCAGGAGUCUUGCUACCAGUUGGGGUGUUGAAAGCAUCUCCAUUGUGGGGAGACCUGCCAUUUGUUUUCCACUUUAAAGAGAAUGACAUGCCCCCUGUCCCUAAGGGAGGAGCUUUUGAGUUAGACAUUUUCCCUAUGGGAAUCCUCUUGGUUUGGUUUGUUGUGAGGGGGGGUGGGGGGUGGAUACUGAUUUUUAGCUCUAAUUGUCAACACAGCUGUUCUUACACUGAAUUUGUGCUAUUGCAUACAUGUAGCCAUCUUUCUUUUCACUGCAGCAGUGUUUAUCAGUAGUUCAAAAUGAUUUAUUUGCUCCUGGGGAGUAAAAUCUUUUUUAUUAAAAAAGAAAAAGAAAAAAAAAAGAAAGAAAGCAAAGUGUGGCUCCCUCCCCCCAUGAUAGCUGGAGGAUUAGUGAGCCUCAAAGCUCAAGAAGGCAAAGUUGAGUCUGCCAGUCCCUGUGACUUACCCUGUUUUGACAUCAGAGCCUUCGUGCUCAGCACAAAAGGACAGGAGGCCUUCAGAAGAUGGAGAGCAAAGCCUUGGAAGGAGUGAGGUGGGGUUUGGACCGUAGAGAUGGAGGCACUGGGGGACUCAGGUGCUGCAGUUAGAAAAACAGAGUAAGGAAUUGUAUUUAAAAUACUGAUUCUCUAAUCUGCCAGGGAAAGACCUUUCUUUGCAUACAGAUUCCAUACUGCCAUUGUCAUUUUCAUCGCUUCUUGACCUUCCUGGUAGGUGCCAGCCCAGUUUCUUCCUGCUUCCCGAGCUCUCCUCUGUGCCCCUCUGCCAUCCUUCCCUCUCCCAUCUACCUCUAGGAAGCCAGUCCUGCACACUGAGUCUGUGACUUGCCUUCACGCUCAUUUCAUCUCGGUUAGAGGGUCCCUGGAACUGCUCCCUGCCUCCCCCCCGCCCCCGCCCGCCCCCCCGAAGUGCCAAGAGGUGCAAAGGGGCAGGUCAAAAGCAGCCAGCCGUGGUGGGAGAACGUGAGUGUCUGGUUGCAGCCGGACUGCAAUCUUUGCUCCUGGAGAGGGUGUGAAGAGAACCAAGGACUCUGUUGAUCAGAACCCAGGAGCUCAUACACUGCUCCGCCCGGCUCAGGUGGGGUGGGCAGGCUGGUCUGGCUCCUCCAUCCCUGGUGCUCCCUUGAAUGGGAACCUGCCCCCUCACGGUUCUGCCCAGCACCUUUUCCAAGGGACAAGCAUGAUCCCGGCACCGCUCCGUGGGCAGGCCGGUCAUUGGGUUGCCCAGACUGGUACUGCCUGUGGCACGGCCACUGCUGUACAUUUUUUGGUUGUUUUUAAGAAACUCUGUGAAGAGGGGUGUCGUUCUGGGCUCAGGGUGGCUGCCAGCCCUUCACCAGAAGGGGAGCCGCACCCCUGCAACCACUUCUGUCCUCAUGUGCCGCCCCACCCCGCCCUCCUCCAAGCCAAAGCGUGGCCUGGCUUUUGUCUUCCCAUUUCGUUUUCCUCCUCUCUUCCCCCUUUUUGUGCUUAAUUUAUUAAAAUAGUUGCUGUAUAAUUUAUUUUCAUAAACUAUAAAAAAUUACUAAAUGGUUAAAAUAGACUUGCAGGCCAAUCUUAAAUGGGGUGGGAGGGUCUGCGGGUGGGGUGGGAGAAGGGAAAGAUGUUUUGAUAUAAACAAAACAAAUGCACUUUGGGUGUGUUUUGGUAUUUUUCUGGGGAUAGAUGGGUGGGUGUUGGGCUGUCCCUGUAGAUUAGUUCCAGAACCGGGUGUUUGUAUAUACUGUAUUAAUAGGCAUGUGUGACUCUUACAAAGGGACAUUAGUAGCUGCUGCAGGUCCUGUUUGGAAACCCCUUGUACAACUCCCAGUUUUUUGUAAGUGUCAGUGCGGGAGACAUUGGACUCUUGUGUUUGUAUCUCCUUUUUAUGAUUGCUGUACUGACCCAUGUCUUUUUGGGGAGGGGUGAAAAGAGAUUUGAAAUAAAAAUGUUUAGAAAUUA